AUGUGUCGUAGCUUUAUGGAGAUAGUGAGCAUCUCCUUCCUGGUUUCUAUGGAGUUUUCAAGGGUCCUAAGAGACACAUACCAGCGGGUGAAGGAUCGGAGAGUAGUGGUGGAUGGGUUCAGGAGGUGUGGCCUCUACCCUCCUGACCCAUUCCGGCUGCGGCGUGGGACCUCCUCACUACCUCCGCCAACCCAAUUGCCAUUUUCCUGGGCUACGGCCUCCAACAUGCCCCUUUCCCCAUCCCCAGAAACAACCUCCUCCUCCCAAUUUGUACAUCUCACAUCCCCUGGUAACCUCAGGUCGGUUAACAGUGGAGCUGGCCCACCUCCUGACCCACUUUCUGGCCCACCUCCUUACUACAACUGUAACACCGACAAGCGGGGAAAAGAUGUAACGUUCGUACUCGCUCUGCUGCGUCUGUCCUCUGAUGCCUCUCUCAACAGCGACGUCCAGCUCGCCGCUCUUCCCCCCAACGGUCAGGUCCUGCCCCACAACAACCCCUGCUACAUCUCUGGCUGGGGUCGCACCCAGACUGGAGGUCAGCUGUCUGCCCAGCUGAAGCAGGCCUCCCUGCCCAUUGUUGAUUACAAGACCUGCACCAGCUAUGGAUGGUGGGGCAGCACUGUGAAGAACUCCAUGGUCUGUGCUGGUGGUGGAAGAAACUCUGGUUGCCAGGGUGACUCCGGUGGCCCCCUGAACUGCAGCGUGAACGGGAGGUGGGUCGUCCACGGGGUUACCAGCUUUGUGUCGUCCGCUGGCUGCAACGCCACCAAGAAGCCCACCGUCUUCACCCGUGUCUCUUCCUACAUCAGCUGGAUGAACAGCAUCAUGGGUUGAGAAGAAAAAUUAUCUCCGUGGAGACGGGAGCCCACUCUGGAUUGUUCUCCGUUUUUUGCAUGUUCUCCAACAGAAUAAAAUAUCCUGUUGUAUAAUACUUUCAAGAUUCAAGAUUCAAGAUGUUUUAUUUGUCACAUACACACACAGGGUGUGCAGUGAAAUGAAAGUGGCAAUGCUCAGCAGGAAUGUGCAAGGGCAACAAGUACACACUAUUUACAAUAAAAAACAACACAAUAUUUACAGUAAGUGUGUGUGUGUGUGUGUGUGUGUGUGUGUGUGUGUGUGUGUGUGUGCCUAAGAGGGGCAGUUGUGUGGGUCUAUGUGGGGGUCCUGGUGAGGUCGGAGUUCACAAUCCUGAUGGCCUGAGGAAAGAAACUCCGUCUCAGUCUCUCUGUUCUUGCAGCGUGACUACGGAGGCGCCUGCCUGACCGCAGCAGCUGAAACAGUCUGUUGUUGGGGUGGUGAGGAUCCUUCAUGAUCCUGCCGGCUCUGGUUCUGCACCUCCUGGUGUACAAGUCCUGCAGGGUGGGGAGUGUAGUUCCAAUAGUGCGUUCAGCCGAACGCACUACUCUGCAGAGCCUUCCUGUCCUGAGCGGAGCAGUUGCCAAACCAGGCUGUGAUGCUUCCUGUCAGGACGCUCUCUACAGCUCCAGAGUAGAAGGACUGAAGGAUCCUCUGGGAAACUUUAAAUUUCCUCAGCUGCCUGAGGUGGUAGAGGCGCUGCCUUGCCUUUCUCACCAGAGUGUCUGUGUUCGUUGACCAUGUCAGAUCCUCGGUGAUGUGGACUCCC